AUGGAUUCAAGGGUUUCUGCCGUCAAUCGCCCCUCUUAUCCACCUCCGCUGCUGCCGCCACUGACAACGCCGCCUCCUUCCUUCCCAACGACUUCUGAAGUUCUGGCUUCUGUGCCGCCGCCAUAUUCCUCCUCCUACGCCGGCUACGAGACUACCGAAGUCCUGGUUUCUGUACCGCCGCCAUAUUCCCCCUCCUACGCCGACGACGAAUCCGCGUCCAAAGCCUGUGCAGCUUGCAGAUUUCGUCGCCAGAAGUGCAAGGGCGACUGCCUUCUCGCCCCGUUUUUCCCUGCGGCAGACGAAAGUAGAUUCCAAAAGGCUCACCGUCUGUUCGGCGUCAGCAAGAUGAAGAAGAUCUUGGAGUCCCUCCUCCCCCAUCAACGCGCAGUCGCCAUGGCGACCAUGAUUUACGAGUCAGAGGUCCACGCCGCCAGUUCGGACACAGGAUGUCUCGACAUCAUCCUCCAAUUGCAUAGUCAGAUCGAGCGAAGAGCCGCUCAUCUCGACCACCUCCGACGACAUCUUCCGCUCGUCCCUUCUCCUACGCCCGCUUUGGGCACUGUCAUCACCGGAGACGGUGAAAUAAUCACUCCUACUACUGGCAAUCUCAAGCGCCAUUGUCAGGAUCUUCCGGAGAAUGAUUAG